GGGGCAGCAGGUGGCUGGAGGUGCCGGCUCCUCCAACUCACACUCUCCUGAAAGCGGGUAUCCAGCCUAGGGAAAUGAGCGCAGCGAGCGGACUGGGGAGAACACGCCUCCAUGCUCAUCGACUCUACAUCUGAAUUCAGAAAUCAUUUGAGUGACGGCUCCGAAAACAAACUCAUUCUGACAACUUCUGUUUAACGUGAAACUUUUUCCUUGUGUUUGGCCCUCUUGCAAGGUUUUCUUUGCUGCGGAUCCCAUCAAAAUAAUGCGAGCCCAGGGGCAGUACAUGUUUGACGAGAAAGGUGAAAGGUACUUGGAUUGCAUCAACAACGUGGCUCACGUGGGACACUGUCACCCAGAAGUGGUCAAAGCCGCAGCGAAACAGAUGGAACUACUCAACACGAAUUCUCGCUUCCUCCACGACAACAUCGUGGAGUAUGCCAAGCGCCUUACAGCCACCCUGCCGAAGAGGCUCUCUGUUUGCUACUUUACAAAUUCGGGAUCUGAAGCCAAUGACUUAGCCUUACGUCUGGCACGGCAGUUCCGAGGCCACCAGGAUGUGAUCACUCUUGACCAUGCUUACCACGGUCACCUGACAUCGUUAAUUGAGAUCAGUCCCUAUAAGUUUCAGAAGGGCAAAGAUGUUAAGAAGGAAUUUGUACAUGUGGCACCAACUCCAGAUACUUACAGAGGGAAAUACAGAGAGGACCACGAAGACGCAGCCACAGCCUAUGCAGAUGAAGUGAAGAAAAUCAUCGAAGACGCUCAGAGCAGAGGAAGGAAGAUUGCCGCCUUUAUUGCUGAAUCCAUGCAGAGUUGCGGUGGACAAAUUAUUCCUCCAGCAGGCUACUUCCAGAAAGUGGCUGAACAUGUUCGCAGGGCAGGGGGUGUGUUUAUUGCUGAUGAAGUCCAAGUAGGCUUUGGCAGAGCUGGGAGGCACUUCUGGAGCUUCCAAACGCACGGCGGCAAAGACUUCAUUCCAGACAUCGUCACCAUGGGGAAACCCAUGGGCAACGGUCACCCCAUGGCCUGUGUGGUGACAACCAAAGAAAUUGCAGAAACCUUCAGCAGCACUGGCAUAGAGUAUUUCAAUACGUAUGGAGGAAAUCCAGUGUCUUGUGCUGUUGGGUUGGCUGUGCUGGAUGUAAUUGAGAAAGAAAACCUUCAGGGAAAUGCUGUCAGAGUGGGGAAUUACCUCACUGAGCUACUAGAGGCACAGAAAGCUAAGCACCCUUUGAUAGGGGAUAUCAGAGGUGUUGGCCUUUUUAUUGGCAUUGAUUUGGUGAAGGACCAUGAGGAAAGGACGCCUGCAACAGCCGAAGCCCAGCACGUCAUCUAUAGGAUGAAGGAGAAAGGGGUGCUUCUCAGUGCUGAUGGCCCCCACAGGAAUGUACUCAAAAUCAAGCCACCCAUGUGCUUCACAGAAGAAGAUGCAAAGUUCAUGGUGGACCACCUUGAUGGCAUCUUAACAGUUUUAGAAGAAGUCAUGGAAACCAAGAGUGACGGGGUGAUCUCUGAGAAUACAGUUUGCAGAACAAAGGUAGUGCCUAAGGAAGCCCAUGUGGAACAGCCCAACCAUGGCGCCACCGAGUCCAGGGAAAACCACAGCAGAAAGAGAAACAGUGUAUGCUCAGAUCAGCGCACGCUGCUCAGCAAAAGACUCAAGACAUGAAGGAUGAGCAUUAAUCGGCAGAUAAACAUCCAUGAAUAAAGAGAGCGAGUGGAUGCAUCUCACCUCUUAGCCAUCCUGUAAACCAGAGUUUUCAGUCGGCCUACUUUGUACAUUAAAGGGUAGAUUAGUAACAGCAAUAAACAAAGGGAUAAAUGACGUCAACAUGAUUAAUUCAA